AUGUCUAGAAUUCCGGCUUUAUUACCUGGUUUCAUUCCUUUAUCAGAGGUAAAAAACCGUUUAGAUGCCACCGUCAAUCUUGUGGGUGUUGUUGCGGACACUCGCCCACCAAAAAUGUCUGCGGGCUCAGAUUGGAUGGUAACUUUCAAGAUCUGCGAUCAAACUUGCCCAGACGAGACGUCUAGUGUGCCUAUACGUGCUUUCAAACCGAUUAUGGAUCAGCUUCCCCAGAUCUACUCAAAUGGUGAUAUUAUUCUCAUCAAAUCAAUAAAACUCCAACGUUACCAGGAUAAGAUCUAUGGAAUAGUUUCGCCUGCGACGACUUGGAUCAUCAGCUAUCUACCUGCCAUUGCGAACACAGUCCCCUCGACUAUCACAUUUCCUACCUCGAUGAAACCACAGCCAAUGGAAUUCUCUCAGUUGAAAGGUCUCCGCAACUGGUGGACUUCAGUUGGCGGUGCAACAUCCUCGGACAAUGCACACAUGGGAAACUACCAAAACAUGCCUGCAAGCAGCUCAAUGCCUCACACAAACAACUAUCAAAUGACCCCCGUGAACAAUCAUCAGGUUAUGGCAUUCCAAGGAAACGCCUACCAAAAUCAGGCCCCAUACAUAAAGAAAGGAAGUCUCAAGUUUUCCUUAAUCAGGGAUAUGAAAGUUAACAACUUCUAUGACCUGAUUGGCCUUGUCGUCAAGACAUUUUCGGCAACCCAGAACUAUACUCUUUACAUCACAGACUAUUCUAGGAAUUCUAUGGUUCAUUCUUAUGAAUGGCCUGGAAACAAUACCGUUGAGGAGGGUAAUUUUUCUCGAGCCAAGCAGGGCGGCGGGGAAUGGCCAGGACCAUGGGGUCAGUAUACCUUGCAGAUUACACUCUGGGAUGCGCAUGCAUCAGCUGCGAGGCAAAUUCUGGAAGAUACGCAAAUCCUGCAAAAUAUGCAAGACGGUGUCGGUGUUUAUGUGGGUCUAAAAAACGUUCGUGCGAAAAAAAAUGGGGACGGAAGGCUAGAGGGUGUUUUGCAUGGUGACAAAACGAUGAGACCAGGUUUAUAUCUUAUAGAUGACAUGAGAGAUCAGCGAGUCAAGGACAUUAUCCAGAGGGAAAAAGAGUACACUAGGAGGUUCAAUACCAAUAAGAACCGGCACGAACAGGAGCAGGAAGCCAAGAUGGCUGAGUUAAGGAAGAAAAAGGCCAAAGUGGAAGCAGAGAAAAAGGAACGUCAAGAGAAAGGGAAUAAACAUAUUGUUUGUGAAAGACAAAAGGACGCCGACCCAACACCGUUAUCCGAGAUUCUUGAUGCUCCUUGUAUCAACAGAAACUACCACGUAUACUGUUGUGUAGUCAAUUAUACUCCGGAAAAGCUAGAAGAUUUCUCUAAGAAAAUUAAAGUGAAUAAUCAAAACGAUGACUCCAAAUUCCCUGCCGAUUCUUGGAUUUGGCGCUUUGCGCUACAAUUCCGAGACAAAGAAGGCAAGGAAACACGAGUUAUAGUUGAAGGGAAAGAUGCGGAGGGGUUUCUCGAUCUAAAUGCGGUGGACCUCCGAAACGAUGAGACGGCCCUCUUGCGCCUUAGAGAAAGGCUCUUUCUAGUUUGGGGCGAUCUUGAAGAACGCAAGAGUAGAAAGAUGCCCAAAGAGGCUCAGUCACUGAAAAGAAAGCGGAAUAAUGACGGCGGCCCUAGAAAGAAGCGCGAAACAGAUGAGCUAGGAAAACCCGUUAAGAGACAUAGUAAAGAACCGAGCUCUGAUCUCGACACCACCGACAGUGAAGAUUAUUCCGAUUCCGAUGCUGAAGAAGAUCGUGGGGGGCGUGGAAAGAUGUUUCUAUCUUGCAUCAGAGAAUAUACGGUUAAUGGGAAGAAACUACAUAAGUUAUUUGGCACAUAUAUUAGGUAUAGUUAG